AUGGGCGAAACACUACCACCAUACUCUGAGGCUCCUCCACCAGCACGGAGAACUCUCAAUGGGGGAUCAAUAGCUCUCGUCUUUGAUUCCCCAAACAUCAACACCGAUACAUCUCCAAUUGAAUAUACCCAACCCUCCCUCAAAGGCGGCUCAAUACCCCUCACAUUGUCCUCUACAAAUGACUCGACGACCAAGCCUCACCACCAAGGUCGCUUCCCCCAAUCCUCGGCAUAUACCACGCCGCAGGAACAAGUUCCGACCUCGUCCUCGCCCACCACAACCACGAUCCCAAUCCCCUCGUCUACAUAA